AUGUCGCAAAAUCAACAAGCUUUAUCCAAUCGUGAAUUGAAAGAAUUACGCGAUGCCUUUGAUCUAUUUGAUCGCGAUCAAAGUGGAACUAUAUCGUCUUCGGAAUUAAAACAAAUAUUAAUUGCUUUAAAUUUUCAUCCAACAGAUAGUUUGCUUCGAAAAAUAAUGAAAGAAAUGGAUACAGAUGGAAAUGGUUCAAUUGAAUUCGAUGAAUUCGUUAAAGUGAUGAGACACGUUUAUCAACGAGCAUAUACUGAUCAGGAAAUGCGACAAGCGUUUAAAUGUUUCGAUACAGAUAAUUCAGGUUAUAUUACUGCAAGUGAAUUACAUGACGUUUUUAGACGCCUAAAUCGUGAUAUUAGUGAACAUCGGAUGAGUGAAGUUUUAAGCGAAGUUGACAUGGAUAAUGAUGGUAAAAUAAGCUAUGAAGAAUUUGUACAUAUUGUACAACGGACAUAA